AUGGCAGUGUUGAAGAUCAAGAAGGGCGGGGAGAUGUUCCGCUUCCGAAUGGACACACAAACUCCUACACUGGACCUCAUUCUGCAGAAGUUGCAGCACCUUCCGGGUGGAUAUGAGGGAGAGGCCCUGGUGGUGCUGGACGGGGCAGCACAUGCCCUGACGCCGGAGACUUUGAGCCAGGCGCUGGCAGGCGACGUGGUGAGACUGGAGCUUCGAGAGAGCGCGGCAGUGCAGAGCGCCGCGGCUCCGUCGCCUUCCGACUCGCCGUCACCGCCGAAGCCUCCACUUGAUGGGCUCCAGAGUGCUGCUCCGCGGAGGCAUGCUCACUGGCUCGGCCACUGGCGCAGCAAAGGCUUGGGCCGAGAAGAGUCUGCGGCAUGCCACUUUCACUUUGCAGUCGGAACAGCCGAGGUCAUUUGCCGCGACGGCUCCUCCUUUGAGAAUCAAGGCUUAUGGAAGCCGCUUCCGCGGGACAUCUUCAAAUCUCGAUGGAAGCGCUUUUUCAAGCGCUGCUGGAGGCCCCGAAGUGGUGGCAAUCAGGUUGACAGAGCAGGGCCGCACAUCCAGGGAGACUAUUGGGAAGCCGUACCGUCGCCCUGGAAGCUGCAUCUUCGGGAGCCCAGCAAGGCGGCCGGUGCAGAUGCUUACAAAGAUGGCGCCGGGGCAAACUCGUCGCUGAAGGUGUACAGAAGAAAUCAGGCUUCCUACUUGAGGCCAGCGAUGAUGUGCAGGGAAGGGACGGCGAGUGACAUCAUUCUCCGUUGCCUAGAUGCUGGGCGCCGCAGUUCCUUCUCCUUGACGGGCCUUGGCAAGCUGGAGGCGGCCUGGUUCAAUGUGCCCGAGUCCGGCAAUCCGCGCCAGGAGACAGCAUGGGAGGAUGCUGCGCCACGACAUAUACUGGAUGAGCUUGAGAAGGUGAUAAAGGAAAGAAAGGAAACAAGCUCACAGGAGCCCUACGAGGUCCUUGCGAGCCCAAGCAACAACUUCAAGGUUCGGAGAUUGUUCGAGCUCUGUGAGGAGAAGGAGAUCGUGUGGGACGGCGGCCAAAUCGGUGCCAGGAGACGCACUGGCAGAGAAGAGGCUAGCAAGCGCGGCAACUUUCCAUAUAUCGAUGAGCAGGCUGGCCUUUUGGAUGAGUUGAAUCUGGACGAGAUUUUACGGCUCAGACACAAGACCAAAAGCCGACGCCUCCCGAAAUGGAAAGCAAUCUCAUGGUGGUUCAAAAGAUGGCAUCGCGUAUACCUUCGAAGGAGGGCGAUGGUUAUUGAGGAGGUCAAGGCCACGGAGGGCGUGUCCAAGAAGGCACUCUCUGGGUGA